AUGAGCAACGAAAUUCUUCUUAUUAAACACAACAAACAAGAACUCAAAGGAAUAGCAAAAGAAAUGAUAUCAGAUUAUGCCAACUUUGACAAUGCACUUCAUAUGCCCUCUGGAAGAUGCUUUGCUCCAAAAAAAGGAUUCUUCGACUAUCCAAAAAUAACUCAAGAAGGCUACAAUUUAAUUCAAAUUCUCGACGACAACACUUGUGCUGAUCCCUUUUGUCGAGUGAAAGCAGCAUUCAUCGUCGGCCUAGCAGCUCAUAAUUGCGACCAAAACAUCUCAGACUACCCUCCAGAAAUGCAACUUUUCAAAAGGUUCACAAAUGUAAAGAAAAAGAUUAUAACUUCUGUUGCCUGUCAAACCGAAAACUAG